AUGUCCACUGAACAAGUCGAACAAAACGUCCAACAAAAGGUCGAAGAUGUCAAGCAAGACAUCAACCAAGCAGAACAAAAGGUUGAUCAAGCUAAACAAGAAGUCAACCAAGCUGAACAAUCCACCGAAAACAAAAAUGAACUUGCAUCUAUUAAGUCUGCUGUAAACAAGGUUGCAGAAGAAGUCAAGGAGGCAGGUGCUGAAGUUCAAAAGGUUGCUGGAGAUGUCGUCAACCAAACCAAGGACAUCUCGGAUAAGGUUCAAAAAACAGGUCCAUUCUCAAAGGUUAAGAACUUCUUCAAGAAGCUCUUCUAA